AUGGCACCGGAUCCUUCAUCGGCACAUUUGCUUCCCGACAGCGACCGUAGGUCGACCGAUACCAUCAGCCUCCUCGAAGAGCCUCUCCGCCACGAAAGCGGCGAAGCAACCAACUCAUCUGCGUGGAGUGAUGGAAGCAACGACGGCCGAGAGAAAUCCGUCAGUACGAAGUACAUGAUACUGUUGACAUGCGGUACCUUUGGGCUUCAGAAUGUGUGGUCUCUCCUCCUUGCAAAUGGGACGCCAUAUCUCCUAUCUCUGGGCUUUUCCAGAUCCACGACCGCUUUGAUAUGGAUUGCAGGACCUCUGACCGGAACCUUUGUACAACCAUUCAUGGGAGCAAUGAGCGAUCAAAGUACAAGCACAUGGGGAAAACGAAAACCUUUCAUAAUAGGCGGCAUUAUUGGAGCAGUACUUUCGAUGCUAAGCAUGGCUAUAAUGCGAAUUGCGGCAAUGAAAGUGUACAACUGGUUCGGAAGGGACUACAUUAGCGCUCAUGCGAUGGGCAAUAUUGCUAGAACUCUUGUUAUCUUUUGGAUCUGCAUCCUGAACUUAAGUUUGCAACCUCUCCAGGUCGGUCUUCGAGCUAUGGUUAUAGACGGCUGCCCAAGCCAUCAGCAAAGUACGGCAAGUGCAUGGGCAGGUAGAUUCACUGGACUCGGGGGCAUCGCUACUUAUUUGCUUGACGACUUUAUGAUUCGAAAAUAUCCACAUCGUGCGUUCGAAGUUCUAUGUUUAAUCACUAGCUUGAGUUUGAUUCUUACGAACGCUCCAUGUUUACUGUUUGCUAGUGAGAGGAUGGCUUCUCCACAGACAGCUAGCAAACAGACGUUCAGACCAGCUAGGCUAACAAGGAGGUUGAUGAGAACAGCGAGACGGAUGCCGCAUGGUGUAAGAAACAUAUGUGCUGUGCAGUUUGCUUCGUGGUGUGGCUGGUUCCCAUUUCUAUACUACAACACCACCUUUAUUUCUGCUUUAGACAAGAAGCUCACCCGAAGCGAGAAGAACCACCCGGAGUCUAGUGGCGUUCAAGCUUACUUAUUCUUCGCCAUCAUUGCUUUCUUAUGCUCGAUCCUCUUACCAUUGUUGAAACCAACGUUGUCCAUAGCGGAAACAACAUCAGACUCAUCAAAGCCACACAAGAAAUGGCGUAGCCAUAUAACGUUGUCUCGACUCUGGCUUCUUUCACAAAUAGUCUUUGCGCUACUAAUGUUCUGUACCAUCUUUGUAACCACCACCUUUGCCGGAAUUCUCAUCAUUGCAAUUUGUGGUUUUAGCUGGUCUCUCACACAAUGGAUUCCUUUAGCUAUGAUGAGUGCCGAGAUCGCGCGUAUGCGUGAAGCAUCACGGUGCGAGGGAGAAGUUGAAGGAGAAGACGAGACGGGGUCUUUGAUGAGUAUAUUCAAUGUUGCCAUAUCGGCACCCCAGAUUUUGGCUGGUGCAUUGUGUAGUUUGCUGUUCUGGAUUAUUGGGAACGCGGACGCCGUGUACUCACUGGGUUGGGCUUUACGUAUGGGUGGUGUUGCGUCGGUUCUUUCUGCGAUUUUGAUGAUUGCGCUGAGAAGUAAGGGAUGA